AUGCAUGAGGGUGUGGGUUCGAAACCUGGCGAGUACCAAUGUGACUUUUCCGAGUUGUAUGGACUUUCUAUGAUUAUUCAGACACCACUGACAUACGGUGAAGCGUCAAUAUGGAGGAGUCAUCGUAAACUUCUAGAUGCGGCAUUUAGUCAGAAAGUUCUAGAUACAUUCGUUGAUGAAAUGAACACACAGACUCAAGGUUUAGUCACUCACUUAAGCGCCCAAGUGGGCAAAGGACCAUUCGACGUACGACAAUACUUGAUAAACUAUACUUUGAAGACUGUUAGCCGAACCUCAUUAGGACUAGAUGCUAAAGACCAGACGAUGAUUGAUGAAGCGUACGCAGAUGCAUUAGAAGAUUUGAUCAGUGUCUACUGUGAGCGAGCUCAGAAAGUGUGGCUGCACCUUUCUUGCAUCUACGAUAGAAGUUCUUUGAGGAAGAAACAAGACUAUCUGCUGAAGAUUAUGAAUAAUAUUAUAGAUGCCGUAAUAAUGAAACGUAAAUCAGAUUUGAAGAACAACAAUAAAGAUGGUAUAGAAAAUAUAGAUAAAGUGAAAUCAGGCAAAUUCAAACCAGCGUUGGAUCAAAUGCUGCAGUUAGCUGAUGAGCAUCAUGUAUUCAGUGAUGAAGAGAUAAGAGAACACUUGGAUACAUUUGUUGCAGCUGCUUAUGAUACAACGUCUGGAACCCUAACUUUUGUAUUGUUAGCAAUUGGAUCUCACCCAGAAGUGCAAGAGAAGAUUUUAGCAGAGAUUCAAGCAGUUCAGCCAAACAAAAACGAAAACAUUUCAAAAUUAGACCUCCAGAAGCUGGUUUAUGUAGAAGCUGUGAUCAAAGAAGCACUUCGGUUAUACUCACCGAUGCCAGGAGUUGCAAGGAAAAUCCAGAAAGAUGUUAAACUGAAAAACUAUACCCUGAGAUCGGGAAGCACUUGCAUCCUAAGUCUGUAUGGUGUUGGUCAUCAUCCCAUGUGGGGUCCCGAUGUAAACGAGUUCAAACCAGAACGAUGGUUUGACAUAGCAAACUUUCCUACCAACCCUAAUGCGUUUGGUAGUUUCGGAAUUGGCAGACGAAACUGCAUUGGUAAACAAUUCGCCAUGACAGUGAUGAAAUUAGCAGUUGUAUAUCUCGUACGAAACUAUCAUCUCCUUAGCGAUAUAAGUAAAUUAGAAUCUGAAUAUGAUAUAGUACUCAAAGCUGUCUCAGGACAUUUAAUUAGUUUAUCUGUAAGGUCAUGAAGUUAAGAAAGACACGC